AGAGAUAACAAAAGUUUUUCGGUGGCGGGAAACAUUUGUCUCUCGUUAGAAGAAAAAUGCUUAGAAUCUCCGGAAAAGGCGGUGGUAUUGGCCAGAUUCUCACCGCCGUCGCCGCUGCUUUAUUACUCCGCCUGUUCUCCGGCCCCGGACCGGCGUACUUGCCGGAGAAUGAGACCCAAGAGGAAGAAGGUGAGGAUGUAACUUCCGAUUCUGAAGCUUCGGUGUCUGAUAAAGUUUAUCCUGUGACAAUCCGGUGGACGAACAUCACGUGCUCUCUCUCCGAUAAAGCUUCAAAAUCGGUGCGGUUCUUGCUUAAGAAUGUGUGUGGAGAGGCAAGACCUGGAAGACUGCUUGCAAUAAUGGGUCCAUCAGGAUCAGGGAAGACAACCCUCCUCAACGUACUGGCAGGUCAGACUGCGGCAUCACCUCGGUUGCACCUAUCAGGCCUCUUGGAAGUUAAUGGACAAUCAAUGUCAAAUAAGUCCUUCAAAUUUGCUUAUGUCAGACAAGAGGACCUUUUCUUCUCACAGUUGACAGUUCGAGAGACCUUGUCUCUUGCAGCUGAACUCCAGCUGAAGGAAAUAUCUUCAAAGGAAGAUAGAGAGGAAUAUAUAAACAAUCUCUUGUUCAAACUAGGCUUGGUCAGUUGUGCGGAUACCCGGGUUGGGGAUGCAAAGGUGCGCGGAGUAAGCGGAGGUGAGAAGAAACGGUUAUCAAUGGCUUGUGAACUCAUUGCUAGUCCAUCGGUAAUAUUUGCUGAUGAACCAACAACUGGACUAGAUGCAUUUCAAGCAGAGAAAGUGAUGGAAACUCUUCGACAGCUUGCGCAGGAUGGACACACCGUAAUAUGCUCAAUACACCAACCGAGAGGUUCAGUGUAUGCAAAGUUCGAUGACAUUGUGUUGCUGACAGAGGGUGAACUUGUUUAUGCUGGCCCUGCACGCGAUGAAAUACUUACUUACUUCUCGAAAUUUGGGUAUAUUUGCCCAGAUCAUGUUAACCCUGCUGAGUUUCUAGCUGAUUUAAUAUCAAUCGACUACAGUUCAUCUGAAAGUGUUGGGUCUUCCCGGAAAAGGAUUGAUAGCCUUGUUGAGUCAUUUUCCCAACAGAAUUCAUCAACCUUUUAUGCCACAACACUCACUAAAAGUGUCGUCUUGAAGCAUAAGACUAUCUUAAAAAAGAAGGCUGCAGGCAAAGGGAUUAGUGGUUGGUGGAGGCAAUUUUCAUUGCUCCUUAAACGUGCAUGGAUGCAGGCUUCCCGUGAUGGGCCAACAAAUAUAGUCCGGACAAGGAUGUCAAUUGCAUCAGCUUUAAUUUUUGGCUCAGUAUUUUGGAGGAUGGGAAGGUCUCAGACAUCAAUACAGGAUAGAAUGGGCUUGCUUCAGGUUGCUGCUAUAAACACUGCAAUGGCUGCACUUACGAAGACUGUUGGCGUCUUCCCCAAGGAGCGUGCAAUAGUAGACAGAGAGCGUGCAAAGGGUUCUUAUAUGCUAGGACCCUAUUUGUUAUCUAAGUUAAUUGCCGAGGUCCCUGUUGGAGCUGCAUUUCCUUUGUUGUUUGGCACUAUACUUUAUCCCAUGGCACGUCUUCAUCCAACUUUAUCUAGAUUCGGGAAGUUCAGUGGAAUUGUGACUGUGGAAUCGUUUGCUGCAUCUGCAAUGGGUUUGACGGUCGGGGCAAUGGUUCCAACCACUGAAGCUGCUUUGGCAUUGGGGCCAUCUCUCAUGACAGUAUUCAUUGUAUUUGGCGGAUAUUAUGUCAACGCAGAUAACACUCCAAUCAUCUUUCGCUGGAUUCCACGUGCUUCUCUCAUAAGAUGGGCGUUCCAAGGGCUUUGCAUAAAUGAAUUUGAAGGCCUUCAAUUUGAUCAUCAAAAUUCUUUUGAUAUACAAUCUGGAGAACAGGCUCUGGAGAGGCUUUCUUUCGGGGGUAGCAACAUAUCCGAGACUGUGAUGGCUCAAAGUAGAAUUCUCUUGUUUUGGUACUACACCACGUACCUCCUCCUAGAGAAGAACAAACCCCAAUAUCAACGGCUGGAACCACCACCACCACCACCAGCCGACCAAACAGAACCACAGUUAGAGCUCGAUCAGCCGGUCGAAAGCGACGACUCCCAGGGGCAAUCAUUCGAGAUCCUUGAGACUCCAACGGUUGACCAAGGUAAACCUGAUCCUCCGCAGCUUGAAUCUCCUGCUACUGCCCAACUUAAUAUGUUUGACCUUGGCGGUUUGUGAUGUUAUACUCGGGCAUACCGAACUAUUUUGUUUCAUUGGUCUCAUACAGGUGGUUCCAUCUAGAGGAUAUGCAUGCCCAUGGUGGAAAAAAGCAAACCUAUUACCUGUGUUCUAGGUAAACCUCAGUAGCAGUUCUAAUAAAAACUCAUCAGCUUAGAAUGUAAAGAAAUUUGGCUUUUUUAGCCCAUCCUGGUUACUCGAUCUUUAAUUAAACCAGAAUUCCGAUACCGA